AUUCCCUCUUCCACUUCAUAAACACCACACAAACGCAAUAUAUAUGCUAUACUCCAAAAAAUAUCUCUAUACGUUGGUGUGAAAGCAUAGAAAAACUCAAUUAAAGCUAAGGAUCAAUCGAUGAUGGGUAGCAAACAUCUAAUUCAUCUUCCUUAUAUGAUCAGUCAAAGCCAUAGCCAUGGGAAGAAGCCACCAGUACCAAAGGGGUGUUUGGCUGUAAAAGUUGGACAAGGUGAAGAGCAACAACGAUUUGUGGUUCCUGUGAUGUAUUUUAAUCAUCCGCUCUUCAUGCAGCUCUUGAAGGAGGCCGAGAAAGAGUUUGGGUUUGCACAAAAAGGUACCAUCACCAUUCCUUGCAAUAUCCAGGAGUUUCGAGCUGUCCAAGGCAUGAUUGAUCAAGAAUACGGCUUUCAUCAUCAUCAUCAUCAUCAACUUGGUGGGUGUUUUAGGAUAGGAUUUUAAUAUAUAUAUAUAUAU